AUGAAGUUGCAAUAUUUUUCUCUUAUAUUAAUAUCUAUAAUAGAACUGUUGAUUUUGUCGCUAACACUACUGAUAAAAAUCUAAAUAUAAUAUAAUAAUCUGUCAACGGAAAGGCAAACAUUUUGCAAAAUCAAUGGCAUUUCAGUGAAAGUAUGUUGGUAGCUAUAGUUUAUCUUAUCUUCUCUACGACGAAGCUCACCAGAUGAACUUUCAGGAUGUGUCUACCUUAAAGGUUAUUUAAAGGUGAAUAAAAGACAGAUUAACGGAAGCUAACAGGUGUCUCCCGUUAUCAGCGAUAAUAAGGUUCUAAAUGGUGGACACAUUUGUACAGAAUAACUUGUAGGUGAAAAGGAGAAAAGCUUUUGUGAAAGGACUUCAUUAGUUAAUUGGUACAUGUAUUACAGAGUGGAGAGACAAAUAAGUCCAACAAUUACAAUUAUGGAUAUUCAAUUAAAAUUCAGGAAAUAAUAAUUACGGGAUAAUAAACAGAUUCAUCAGUGUUUAGUUUAAUUGAUUCCAGAAUGAUCAUGGAAUUAUAGCGCUAGACAUUUUUCAUUAAGAUGUAGUUAUUUGUUUUAAUAGUAUCAAUUUUCAGAAAAUGAAAAGCAUCGUGGGCGACCCGACGUCCUUAUAGAAUUACUAGUCUAAUAAAGUUUAUAUUUUAUUUAUAUGUGAUCGUUUUAUUACUAAUACUAUGGAAUACAUUUCAAUUAAUAUAAAAUAUACAAACUUGACAGAAUUUUAAAAUCUCUAUAAAACAUGGCGAAGAUAGAAACUAUACAGAAUAACAAAAUUUCUAUUUAAAAAUGUCAGAGAAUGAGACACGGAUACAAUUCCUUAUCUAAUUCACAGAUGCCUUAUAACAACAUUUGACGACAAGUGCUGCCAUUCAGUACGUUUAUUUCAAUUUGACAACAAUCCUGGAAAAAAUCUACACUUGUUGUUGCUGCCUAUUGAUAACAAGGUAGAAAAGUGCAAUAUCACAAAUUGUUAUAUUCUUCGCCGUUUGAUGACAAUGUUAGAAAGUACAAUAGCACAGGUUAUUAUAUUCUACGCCAUUUGAAGACAAUGUGGAAUAGAUAAGAGUCACGAUCGUUCUAUUGUCUGUCAUUUAAUAACACAGUGGUAAUAUUAAGUGUUUUUGCUGACCGUUUGAGGACUACCUUGGACGUUCUAUAUAAAUGCUGCUGGCCAAUUAAUCAUAUUCAAGGAUGUUAAGUGCAAGAAUUGUUCUGUUUCGCGUUCUGAUGACAAAUAGAGAAGGUUGCCACUAGCUUGUUUUCCACUGAUAACUACACAAUCAUAGUCUAGUGUAUCUUAGUUAUUCAAGACAACUGUAAUGAUUCUUCGCCAUUUAAUGACAGAUACUGAAACAAAUUGUAACAACUCGGAUCCAAACUCCUCACAAUGUGGGGAAGACAUGCAUUCUGUAGGACUGUCACUGAAAGCCCUUUCUCUUGGAAUAAUAUUCAUUGUCUCCAUGGUGAUGAAUGGAACAGUAUGUUUGGUAUUCUAUAAAAAGACUCAGCUACUUAGUGUGUCUAACACAUUCGUUCUCAACCUGAUAUGUUGUCAACUCGCUAUUUGUGUCAUUGUCUUGCCGUUUAGUCUUGCGUCCAUAUUCUCAUCCAAGUGGAUUUUCAAUGACAUUUGGUGCCACAUUGAAGGUUUUAUCUUAACAUUCUGCAUUGCAGAAACACAAUUUUCUCUGACUAUAAUAGCUGUUGACAGGAACUAUGCCAUCAUAAACUCUCUUAGAUACCCGUAUGUGUUCACUAUUAAGAGAGGUCACAUUGCUAUUGCUGUUUCUUGGGCAACAAGUGUAGCUAUCAGUAUUCCUCCGCUUGCCGGUUUCAGUGCAUACAGCUAUUCUCCUGAUGAAAAUACUUGCACACUGGAUUGGAAUUGUUCACUUGAAUUCUCAGUUAUGUUUUUGAGUAUUUGUUUUUUAUUUCCGUUGCUAAUUCAAUCAUGGUGUUACCUGACUAUAUUCCACGCGGCAAUGAACCAUACCAAACGAAACCAUCGAGUAUUUCCCUCCUUAUCUACUACAGUGGGGACAAGAGACGCGCCUAGUGACUCAUCAGAAGGUGUCGAAUUGUCAACACAGGUUGUACAAGUUAGUUAUAAAAGUAUGGAAUGUAAAGCUAUGCGUACGAUUCUAUUUAUAGCAUGUUCAUACGCAAUAUGUUGGGUGCCGUAUAUGGUAUGCGCAGUUUAUAGACUUGUAGGUAUAAGUAUAACCUACGAUCUUGGAAGUUUUACCAUUGUUAUGAUCUUCUUUAAUACAGCCGUAGAUCCACUAAUAUACGCAUUUAUGAACAGAAUCAUGCGUUUUGAAAUUUAUAAAUUUUAUUGUGAUUCCUUGAGUAAGGUAGCGGGUAAGACGUCAUCUUAUGACGAAAGUGAUGACGGAGUUUCUUCAACGAAUAUGUCUCAAACACAUUCUACCUCGCGCAUGAGUCGCACGAGUUCGAUAAAAUCACGCAGUACGAAAGGAAGUGCGCCAGGAAGAGUAGAAAUGAACCCAAUCAAAGAGGAAAUUGAACCGUUAUCAGAAUCCCAAAAAGCAAAAAGUACUGUAGGUUUAACCAGAAAAGAAUUGGUUCUGACUCCAGUAGACAUUCACCGAGAGAGUUCAGUGUCUAGUAUGCCGUCAUCCUCGAAAAGGAAAAAGGCAACGAUAGAAAUACACCCUAAAGAUAAAGACUCGAUUCAAUCAUCGCAAAUACAUUCUUCAAAGCCAAAAAGGUCACGUUCAGAAGUAUGGACUAAAAGCGACAAGACUUUGGUUUCAGAACAAGAAUCUUUUUUGUUUUUUAAACUCGGAGAUGACAAGAAAACUAAUCAUCAAUAUAACAGAUUAAGAUGUUCUAUAUCUAACAGCAGUACAAAUCAAACACGUAUCAAAACCGUGUGUGGUAAAACGACUUUGACCUCGUCAACUUUUAUUCAAAAUGAAUCCGACUUGGAUCUUCAGGACCUUGAUAUAGUUGCAGAACUUUCAAUAGAUGUUCGUCGAAAAAGAAAAGCGAUGAAAGAUAAAAAUGUUUCUGGAUCUCGUGAAGGCCGGAACUGUUUGUCGGCUUAGUUUGUUGUAAAAGAACCAAUGGCGGAUCCAGAAUAGGGGUUUCCGGGUGGUUGGAACCCCCCUUUUUGUUGGAACUAUCAAUGCAUUUGAAUGGAGACAUAUAGUUGGAUUCCUGCUUUAUCCUGGGUUGGUAACCCAUUAAACAUGACUGGAUCCGCCCCUGAGAACAAAUGUGUUAUUGUUUAAAUAUAUAGGUACAGUUUGUCUACGUACAUUAGUGAACUUUUUUUCUUUAAGUUAUAUGUCCUUAAUGGGAUUCCGUUUUAUGUCCACGAAAUCAUUUUAUUGCAUACCAUUAACAGUUCCAUUUUUUUUACUAGAUGACGAAUUUUACAAUAAAUGUCUAUUCAGUGAUACCCGAGGCAAAAACAUUAGAUGAUCUUAAAUAUUAUUACAAAACUAAAGAUCUCAUAAAUCAAAAAGCCCAUAAAGUAUAGUUAAAGCCGGUUAAGGUUUUAUUUAAGGGAGAUAUGCUCCUUAAUUCAAAGUUAUUUUCAAAAUGUUGAACAUAGAAAUUUUUAUAAACUGUGGUUCACAAUAUCCUUUUUUUAUUCCAGUACUUUCAUUUGUAUUUUACUGGCUACUG